GACGCAGAGCCGGCGGCGCCAGAUUCGAACGUUCCCGGACGCAGGCGUGGUGAGUUUCACUGAGACCGUUGUUGAGAAGUUCCGAGCCGCGGAGUUUUCUGCUCUCUGCCAUUGCGGAAGGAUUGCCUCACUGCGAGGAUGAAGCGCACCGUGUCGCGCAAUCUGUUGAAGGGCCUGGUGAAGCGGCACAAGCCCCACCUGAGGAUGACCGCUAACAGCGACCUGCUGGUACAUUUGAAUUUCUUAUUGUUUCUGCAUCGAUUAGCUGAAGAAAGUCGGACCAAGGCCAUUGCAGACAAGAGCAAAACAAUUAAAUAUGAACAUGUUCUGACUUCAGCAAAGGAAAUUUUAAAGAAGAGUAGAGGCUAGCCAAACUGUACUCCUUCAUUCCUUGGUUGAUAUGUAUGUAGUGACUAACUUUUCAGAUGGUACUGUAUUAGUAAUCUAUUCAGAUCAUAAGAGUUCUUAACCUCCACAUAUGAGAAAUGUCUGACUUCGCUUCUGUGGUCACUCACUAGAUAUUUUUUCAGGAAUGAAACUUAUUGUUCUUUAGUAGGAAUUUGCUACAUGUUUUGUUAUAUCAGAUUAUGUAUUAGCAAGAUUCAUUGUGUGAGGGCUAUUAUAAACGUUUAAGCAGAAGUUCUGCAUCUUACAAAAUCUCUUUUUGAAAAGAAAAUGUUUAUCAGUGGGGAGUGCUGUAAAGUUUCAUGUUUCAAUUGUUUAUAAACUUUUGAUAUUUUAAAUAACAUCUUGGAGUAAUAACAUGUUGCUGUUAACGACUGCUUAAUUUAGGAAACUUGCAACGGGAAACGUAUGUGCUAUAAAAGGAGUAUUAGAAGUUUCAGAAACCUUGUAAAAUGAUGUUUAGUAAUAAAGCUGUUCCUGUCUCCUUUUUUUCUUACUAAUUUUUUUCUGUUUGUUGUAUAUUAAAAGAAAAAAAUGGGGUACUUAAAUUUUGAAGGGAGAAUGAGCAGUAAAUACCAGUUGCAGCAGCAGUUCUUAGGAAAGAACAGACACUGGUGCAUUCCAUCUCUUCCUUGACCAAAACAAUUCCUGGCAUUGUAUAUGGCUAAAGGAAUGGAAAACCCUGCAGUAUUUUUUUCUUUUGUUCCUUUUUUGGAUGAAGAGGCAAGGUUGUUAUCCUUUUUCUUCUGUUAAGCAGGGAAGAUAGAGACCAUAGAACUGGAAGCCUUGGACCCCAUGCCCAUCGUUUUCUGUCCACAGCCAGCACCACCCAAGAGCACCAGCCACAAGACUUGUACUUUCAGCCUGGUUAUUCUUCCUUGGAAUACUGUUCUAUGCCAAGGCAAAGUACAAAUCCUUUUGAAGAACAGAAAAAUUAUAAGCAUGAAGUAUUUGUUACCAGUUUUGAUCAGUGAAAUGCACACAGCUUUCUAUGGUUUUCCUAUAUAAGUUGGUUUCCUUUGUAAACCUGCACUGAUUCACAUACUUCUUUGAUACAAUAAAGGACAUGAUUUCCCCCUUUAUUUUAAUGACCA